CGCGACCGAGCGCACUCCGAGCGGCUCGAACGGAGAAGCAGGAGACGGCGGCGCCAUGAGCCUGGCGGAGAACCGGCCGUCGAGGAAAAAUGCCGGUAACCGCAUGUCGCGGCUGCUGGAGGCCGAGGAGGACGAUGACUUCUACAUGACGACCUACGGGGGUUUCCAUGAGGAAUCAGGAGAUGACGAGUACAACACGGAUCAAUCGGAGAGCGAGGAUGAGGUGGACUCGGACUUUGACAUUGAUGAGGGGGACGAACCGACCAGCGACCAGGAGGACGACGAGCCCAAGCGAAAGAGGCGGGUCAUCACCAAAGUGUACAAGGAGCGAGUCAAAUCUGCCCGACCCACUGCCAGGGUGAAGAAGCCAGCCAGCAGCUCCAGCGACUUUGACAAGCUAAAGACGGAGAAAGGGGACAUUGUGGAACAACAAGAUGAAUUCGGAGAGUGUGGCCGUAAGUCUGUGCGACAGUCGACCACCGAGCACACGCGCCUCACCUACCUGCGUGUCCAGGAGCGCCAGGUGCAGCCUCGGCGCCUGCGCAAAGCCCCUCAUGCCGAGAGCCGCCAGCUGACGCAGGAGGAGCUGCUGGCUGAGGCCAAGGCCACCGAGGAGAUCAACCUGCGCUCGCUGGAGAACUACGAGCGGCUGGAGGCCGACAAGAAGAAGCAGGUUCUGAAGAAGCGCAAGUGCGUGGGCCCCACCAUCCGCUUCCACUCGGUCACGAUGCCCCUCAUCACCGAGAUCAACGUGAAGGAGGAGAACGUGGACGUGGAGGGCUUGGACCACGAGCCGCAGGCCUCCUCCGAGGGACCCUCGCUGUCCGUCCUCGCUCCGGUAGGCCGCUGCCUGCGCAACUUUGUCACCUUCAGCGACGACGCCACCUUCGAGCGGUUCUUCCCCAGGCAGCGGGCUCCCCGGGCGCCGGCCCGCGAGCUCUGCCCGGUCACCCACAAGCCGGCGCUGUACCGCGACCCAAUCACCGACAUCCCUUACGCCAACACCCGCGCCUUCAAGAUCAUCCGCGAGGCCUACAAGAAGUACAUCACGGCCCACGGCCUGCCCAACCCGCCGCCGGCCACGGGCAGCGCCCAGCUGGAGGCCGGCACCCGGGGCCGGCAGAAGAUCAUCAUUAAGCAGGCCGUGCCGCCCACGUGACCCAGACUAGCCCCCACUCCCAACCCCCC